GUCGAGCACACUCCAUGGACUUCUUUUCUCAGAUUAACGUCGCGCUUAGGGGACCAACUGGACAGCCUCAAUCUGCUUCUGACACAAUCUCCCGGCUUGCUGAUCGACUUUCACCAUCUACUCUGCUCGCCGACCGACGCGCUGCGGUUCUCGCUCUCAAAGGCCUCGCUCGGGACUGGAAGGCUGAUGUUGGCGAACGCGCACUUCUUGGCCUGGUAGAUGUGUUGCAGAAUGAUGCCGAGGUCGAUGCGGACAUUGGCAAGGCGGUGCUGGAGACCUUGCUCAUCCUAUGCGAGGUCGACGAGCAUGCUCUUGCGCCUGAGCGCGAUCUGGGCUACCGGCAUACAGACGCGGUCUUGGCCGACGAGAAGGUCGCGCAGAAGCUCUUCACGCUCAUGGGCGACCACUCGUUCUACCUGCGGUACUCGGCACUACAGUUUCUCUCGGCACUCCUGCAGAACCGCAGACAGCUCGUACAAGCGUACUUUUUGAAGGCCCCGGUUGGCGUUACGAGCCUGAUUGCUCUUCUGGAGGACAAGCGGGAGAUUAUCCGAAAUGAGGCGAUAUUCACCAUUCAAUCGCUCAUCUCACAAAGUCCUGAGAUCCAGAAGAUAAUGGCGUUCGAAGGCGCAUUCGAGAAGCUCUUCAACAUCAUCGUCACCGAGCAGGGCGUCGAGGGGGGUGUCGUGGUACAAGACGCGCUCGCAUGUAUCGACGGCCUUCUUCGUUUCAACCAGUCAAACCAAAGUUACUUCCGCGGCUCGUCUCUCCCGCCUGUCCUGCUCUCCCUGAUCGGCUUCCCCCCUUCGCUGCCGUUCGAUGCCCCGGCGCCCCAGCAGUUUGCCCUGCAGCUGUGGGACCAACCACAGAAACGCGCGAACACGUCGCUCGUGGUCGGGCUGGUCGGGCUUCUAGCUCGACACGCUGGUCCUCCAGAUGUUUUGUCAAUAGCUUGCACACGUUGUUUAGCGGAAAUAGGUAUCUCGUCCAAUUUCCCAACUGGCGUCAAAGCACAGGCCCUCCGCUUGGUUCCUUCCAACCUAUCCGCACUACCUCUUGCAGAGCUAGUGGUCACGCCCUACGUCCCUGUACCUGAUACAAACGGCGAAGAGUGGGAUCGACUCGAACCCGCGUCUGCGUUGGAUGCGUUGGUGGAGCUCGUCCUUCAUGGGGAGUACAACGGCAUCAUCGACGGGGAGCGUCGGACCAAGGAGGGCAUGGAGCUGCGGGGUGCCGCAGUGGCCGUUUUCCAGAACUUCGUGCAAAAGGAAGAAAUUUCAGAAGCCAUCGUACAAGCGAUGGUCUCGCAACCAGGAACUCAGGCUCCUGUGACGCCUUUGCUGUACGCCCUAACGACGGUCCCCGUCUCUCCCCUCAACGUGCUCUCCGUCACCUCCACCCACUUCGCCGCCCUUCUUUUCUCCCACCUGCUCCGCUUCUCCCCACGUGCCAAGAUCCUCGCGCGUUCCAUCGUCCCGCAAUCUGGUGCCUCCACCCAGAGCAACUCAUCUUUCUUCGUUCCCGCAGAUGGAGGGCAGCCACCGGCGCCCCCUGAAGACGAUGACGAUGGGGAUGCGCCACAGACAUUACUUCAGAUCCUGAGCGAGCAUCUGUCCCUGGCGUUCCUUGCGAGAGGAAGAGCGGACUUGCCUGAUCGCGAGGCGCGCGAAUGGGACAGGCUUUGCGUAGGGUAUCUCUGCCUACUCAUUCAAUGGCUAUGGGAGGACCCUCCCGCCGUACGGGAGUUCCUUGAGGCCGGUGCUCUAGGUGUCUUAGUUGAGCCCAUCAACCAGACAGCGGAAGAGGAAGCCGUGAUACCUGGACUAUGCGCGUUCCUGCUGGGGGUGUGCUACGAGUUCAACCGCGAACCUGGCGAAGUGACCCGCGCAACCGUGCACCCCAUCUUGACGCGCCUCGGCAUCGACAUGCUCUCGGGCCGCAUCACGCACUUGCGGGAUGACGACCGCUUCAAGGCGAUUGGACCCGACAACUUCGUGCUGACGCUCCCCAGCGCCCCAGUGGUGCACCAUCAAGGUCACCAAGGACCACCGUCCGCUGCGGCUCCGAAGCACGACGUCGAGGAGGGUGAGGUCUGGUUCGACUGGGCGUUCGUGGACUUCUGGAAGUCGAACUACUACACGAUACAGAAAGGCAUCGCGGUCGAACCGAACUCGCUUUCCUCCGCUGCAGGCCAAGGCGCGGAGAGCGCGCUAUUGAUAUCGUCUCUGAAAGACGUCAUCCGAAACCAGGCAGCCGAGAUCGACAAGCUGCAGAGCCAGAUCAAGUCUCUUAGCGCUCCGAAUGACGAGGUGGAGAUUCUGCGCAUGCAAGUCACCACGCUCACGGAGCAGGUCGCGGAGACAGAGGAGAGACGGCGCGAUGUGGAGAAGGAGCAGGAGGAUUUACUUGUGUUGCUCGACGAGUUGAACAGCAAACGGCGACGGGACAAGGCGCGUAUGCGCGAGGCCGGUUUGGAGGUGUCGGAGGAUGAGGCUGAGGAGGACGAUGAGGAAGACGACGACGAGUGAUAGCGUACCGCUGCUUUCAGCAAUGGCUCGACAGUACUUCUGUGUAUUUAUGCUGCACGUUCUUGCAACGGAAUCGGACCUUC